CCAACUCCACCACUCCUUCGACGCCGGCCGCCAAACCGGAGAACAAAACCGCCUCUUUGUCCCGUUCCUCGAGCCCGAUCUCCGUCCUCCUCCCCACCACCUCCUCCUCCUCUUCAUCCUCCUCCUCCUCCAACUCCAUCACCGACAUCAGCCCACCGCCACCCCCUCCCGCCUCCGUCCCGGGCCGAGCCCGAACCAAACGCCCCCGUCUCCCAUCCUUCUCCGCUCGCACCUUCAUCCCCCCUUCAUCGAAUACCCCCAUUUCUUCCCCUGCUGCAACCAAGAAGAUGAAGAGGGAUCUGGACUCCGUUCCAUCAAUGAGGAAAUGUUCCCACUGCGAUAUACAGAAAACGCCCCAGUGGCGGGCGGGCCCGAUGGGACCCAAAACGCUCUGUAACGCCUGCGGCGUACGGUACAAGUCGGGCCGACUGUUUCCGGAGUACCGGCCCGCGGCGAGCCCGACUUUUGUGCCGGCCGUUCACUCUAAUUCCCAUAAGAAAGUCGUGGAGAUGCGGCUCAGGUGUACGGAGAUGGUGGGGAAGAGCGGCGGCCGUGAGAUUCCCGUGGCGGCGAAGAACUGUGACCUGCUUGAGUAUAUCAGGAGGCGAGACUGAUAGUGCCUGCAAUUGCACUCAAUAGAUCGCCGGUUGAACGGGUCUCGACCCGGCGGGUCGGAGAAACCCGAUCCUUGAUGGUUGUUUUGGUGGAAAAAAAUUUUAUUUUGAAUAUUCUGAUCAAAAUCAA